UGGAACUUCUAUAUAAAUGUGUAUUCUCUGAUUUUGUUGUGUUUAUUCUAAAGAAAUCCGAAUGAAUUGUUUAUGAAAAAAAUAUUAUAGUAUUUUAUUAUAAACAAAUAUAAAAAUCCUCUAAGUUUUCUCAAGCUAAAAAAUGGACAAAAUGGAACUUACUAAUGAAGGAGCUGAUGAAAAAAAUGAUAAGAUAGAGAAACAAAUUUUCAAUCCAACAACAAUCGUUAGAGUACCAGUGAAACAUGCAAAUUUAGGAAUAAGGAGUCAUGCAAUGGAUAUGAGUACUAUGGUGGAGUUAACAUCAUUUAGUACUCUUGGAAAAAUUCAACCAUUCUUAGUGACAAUUUCUACUACUGCUGCCCUAAUUGUUGAUCUUCACUGUCACCUAACUGAUAAAGAAGUUUGUGGAUAUUUAGGAGGACACUGGGAUAUAAAUUCUCACAAUUUAGCAAUUACUAGCGCUUUCCCUUGUCGAUAUGCUGGAAAAGAUAAAACAGCUGCUGGUAUGGUGGAAGCUGAGAUAGCAAAAGCUAUGGAAUGGCAAAGGGUUACUUUAGUAGGAUGGUAUCAUUCUCAUCCUCGAUCUCAUGCAUCUCCAUCAUUAAGAGAUGUUGAUUAUCAAUUAGAUUAUCAAAUAAAAAUGAAAGGCCCUAGUGAUAAUGGUUAUACUCCUUGCGUAGGAAUAAUUUGUUCUCCAUAUAAUGCUGACGGUAAUUGUUACGAAUCCAAUUUCAACGUCUUUUGGUCAAUGCCACCGCCUGAAAAUCGACCGCAUGAAUAUCCUAGACCAAUGCUUCUAAGCUACACAAUAUCUCAAGAAUUAUUUCUACCACAAGACGCACUUGAUGAAAUAAAAAAAUGUAUUGAAUAUUAUAGAAGUGAAGGUGGGAUUGAUUUUAGAGCCAGUUUUAAUAAUACAACAACGUACUUGGAACGCUUACGAAAUUCUCUGGCAUCAAAAUUACCUGGUCGUAAUCGAGGAAAUGAUGCUGGUUACUGGGAAGUGAUCAAAGCAAUGAUUCUUCCAGGCUCUAAAGACGAAACUGGAUCGACAGAUGGUUUUAUUACUGUACAGUUUCCCCCACUCAGUUUAUCUGAAUCAUUAGCACAAACUACCUCUGGAUUGGGAGCCAACAACCUUUUUUUGACGCCAAUGUCUUUCAAACCAGAUAAUAAUAUUAUGUCAUCUUUACCUAAAUCAUUUAAUACUCAACCAUCAACAUCUUCUAAAGAUUCCGAUAAAAAAGAAGGCUCUGAAGAUUCUCAAAAAGAUGGAAGAUCUCAUCAUAAAACAGAUAAACCAGAUAUUUCUCCAACAUUCAGAUCUGGUGAACUCACAGUAUCUAUAAAAAAUGUGAAAAUGGAUUAUGAUCCUUUUAGUGAAUUACGAUCUAGUUUAGCAUCAGACUCAAUGUUACCUGGUGUAUCUUUAAAAAUGAAUCCGCUAUCAGAUGUAAGUAAAUUUGCUAAUUUUUCUCCAGCUGAUCUUGCUAAAUUGUCAGGUUUUCCUUUAAGUGAAUUAACUAAAGCGUCAUCGACUGCAUAUGCUCGCGAUAUUGCUAACUUAUUUAAUCCUCUGAGUAAAGUUAAUCCUUUAACACCUCCAAAAGAUUUGGGAAUGGAGAGAAAAACUGAUUUUAUGGCUAGUGAUAUAAUUAAGCCUACAUUUGGAAUGGAUUCUUGUAGACAAGAUGAUUUGAUGGAUCGUAAAAAAAAUUUAGAUACUGCUAAUGAAAUUGCCAAAUCUGCUCGAUCUGCGGGUUAUUUUGCUGCUCCUGAUGAUUCAUUGUCCAGUAUUCUUAGGCCGGAUAUUACUACAAAACUUGAUUUACCCAUGAUGUACCGAAAAUUGCAACAACCGGUAACCUUGAAUGAAUCGAAUGAAUCAUUAAAUCUUUCGAAAGAUCGAUCGUAAUUACGUGAAAAUUGAAAUUAUUAAAAUAAUACUCAAUAAUUCAACUGAAUAUUGGAAUGUGUGAAAUAAAUGUGCGAAUUUUAAUGUUAUGAUUUCGACUGAUUUAUAGAUACAUGAAUUAUGUCUAUAAACUUAAUACAUCUAAUAGAUGCAAAUUAUAUACAAUAUGUUCAUUAGUGUCUAUUAGUAAUAUUAUUAAUCAAAAUUGAUUUAAAAUGUGUAAGAUUGAGAAUGAUCUCCAGUAAAUUUUUACUGAUUGCUUUGCAAAUAUUAUAUUAUUAUCAGAAAUUCUAU